UUCAUACUGUCUUUCCCUCUGUAAACUAACAUCACUUUUGGUCGAGUUGGAGAGGGCUACAUGGUUUAUUUAGUUUUGGAUUUCUAACGACUUGCUUGCAGCAACAGCGUUUUCAAUACAUACAAACAACUACGAGUAAGGAUCUUAACAUGGUGCAGUUGUCUCCAUCUCCGGCCCAGAAUGUCUCUCCUCCACCUGGCUGCUCGGAGAGAAUGGGGAGCCAGUGGUGCCCCAAGUCAGCAAGCCCCAAGAGGGGCUCCCCAGGUGGACUGAGUCCACUGCAGUUGGCGCUGGCUGCCUCCACAACCACAUACCAGGGCUAUGAGAGCUACAUCGAGGAUGGCCUCAUCUGCCUCAAGCACAAGGUCCGCAACCUGGAGAAAAAGAAGAUGAAAUUGGAAGACUACAUGAAGCGUUUGAAAAACGGGGAAUCACUUAAUCAAGACCAGCUAGGUGCAGUGGAAAAGUACGAUGAAGUGAUACACAACUUGGAAUUUGCCCAGGAGCUGCACAAGACCCUGAGCGGCCUCACACAGGACCUCCUAAAGGCCCAGAAGAAGGCAGUGAGGAAGGAACAGAUAGCCAUGGUCGAGGUGGAGAGAAGGAGGUUGUGCACAGUACUGCAAGUCCAGUUCCUCCUGCAGACCUUGCUGCAGCACGAACACAUCAGGAAGGACCUUCUCUCUGCUUGUAACCACGCCCCCCAUCUCCAGGAUGCAGAACUAAAGAGUCUGCUAGAACUCGCUGUACUUCUGGGGUUAAAGCGGGACAAGAAUUUGAGUUUGAAGGAACAGAUGGAGAGAGCGGCUCUGGUCUACCUGGACCUGCUGGAGGGGAAGGACAAACCAGUAGCCGGCUCCACCUACAAGGCCAUGAAAGAGCAGCUGUCCAAGCUGAUUGAUAGUGGGUACUUCGAUCGUGUACUGCCACCUCCAAGCAAGAGUCCCAAAGCAGUGGAAAUUCUGCUGAUAAAAGAAAAGGAUCAGUCAGUAAAAGCAGAAAGCCCUUCUUCCCUUAUGAAGUCAAACACAAAAGAUGUGCCUAGAAGAGAGUUUCUUAACAGAAACUACAUGCCUGACACAGACCCCAAUGGGUAUCGAGACACUCCCACUACUCAAACCUGGAAGGAGAAGUUCCAGGCCAUGAAGGACCAGGAGCCACCAGACUCAUGGGAUAUGGAUUUGCCCUCCAGUCAGCCAGUAAUCCGGAAACCAUGGAAAGGGGCGGCUGUGCUUAUCCCCAAAGUGCCAGAUAUCAAGAAACAAAAUGCAGAACCCAAAAAGAGAAGGAAGAAAAACUCUAAAAGGGAACAGUAUACCAGCAGUGGGCCACGUGCAGAAACAGCAGUGGAAGUGUUCAACUCCCCUUCUUCCUUGCCCAAGGACCCUAUCCUACGCAAGCAGAAGCUGGAGGACCUAAUGGCUAAGAUCCGAGGCUCCUUUAGCUUCAUGCAGGACUCUCUUUUGGAUGAUGAAGGAACACCCACUAUCGGACAUUCUAGAUUGAGCCAGCGUGCCUCUGGAUGCUGCUCUCCACUCGUGCAGAGGGAUUCAAGGAAAAGGCCGGCAGAUCUACACAGAACACUGCAUUCUACGCCGUUGCCCUCUAGGCUCCUCCCUAUUGAUGACAAACCCAGUCUGGUCAAUGGUGACAGUGGCUGUGUGGAGAGCUGUGACUUGGAACAAACUACACAAGAUCUGGAACUAAAUACAGAGGACCUGGCUCAUGAAUCCUGUCUACAGAGAUCGGAGAGUGAGACUGCCUACCCCUCUCUCCCAGCUCCACCUCUUUACCAUAGAGAGUCCUCUAUCUCCAUUACCCAGGAAGACAAGACCCCUGCUUGGACUACCAUCUCUGAAUCUAAGCACGAAUCUCCCUGUAAAAGUGUGGUGCCUCUUCAUACCCCCACCACAACUCCAACCCCCACACAGGGGCAGCACUUCUCAACACCUCCAAGCAGACAUGCAACCAGGUCCUCCCCAGUUCCCUUCCAGACAAUGCAUUCGGUGUUCAAGGUGAAUGUACCCUUACUUCCAACUGGGGACUUCAAAUCUGAUAUUGUUACCCGUUCAGAAUCCAACAACAUGGUUUAUGUUUCUACUAGUACCCAGACCCCACCAGAGUUUGCUCCCCUGGAGGAUGAACACCUGCAAUCGGUGCACCAGUCAGAAUGUCAAGUGGGUAGUGGUGGGCAGAGUUUACUGUCCAGUAGCCAUUCAGGUGGCACCAUAGGCCGCUCUGGCCAGUCAUACUACAGAGGAUCUGGUAGAGGUAUGGCACGUGGUGGCAAGGGCCUGGCACACUACUUUCGCUCUUUUGGUUUUGAUGGGUUCCGGGCUGGCCUCCGUUCCCCAAGAGGAAGCUUCAUCCCUCAGGCUCACCUGUAUGGUGCUCGGGACACCGGCUUCCAGCACAGCUACAGGCGUGGUGGAGGCAAUGUAGGACAGAGAAACAGUGCCGGUUGGAGUGACUCCUCCCAGGUGAGCAGCCCAGACCGGGAGGGCAACUACUCCCUGGUGGACUCCGCCCAUGGCGAAUCACUGCACAGUGUUGGCAUGGACCUUACUCCCCAGGUUAACCCCCAUGCACCACACACCAUGAUGCAUAUACCCAUGUACCCACUCCACCAGCCUCCCCAGCCCCUCCGUGUGGCCUUCACGGCCGCCCGCACAGCCAACUACGUACCAGGGACCCUGGACCAGCCCAUCGCCUUCGACCAGCUGAACAGCAACCUGGGUGACAUGUUUGACACCCACCUGGGUCGCUUCACGUGUCCGGCCAACGGCACCUAUGUCUUCCUCUUUCACAUCCUCAAGCUGGCAGUCAAUGUACCACUCUACGUCAACCUGAUGCGCAACGACGAGGUGAUGGCGUCAGCGUAUGCCAACGACGGGGGUCCGGACCAUGAGACUGCCAGUAACCACUCCAUCUUGCAACUGUACCAGGGAGACCAGGUGUGGCUCCGGUUGCACCGUGGCUCCAUCUAUGGAAGCAGCUGGAAGUACAGCACAUUUUCUGGCUUUCUCCUCUACCAGGACUGAGCUACUGUGUCCUUAUUUAUUUUUUUGCACUACAAAGGAGAGAUUGAAUUUUUUCCCAUUUCAUGUGGUCAGACUGCAUGUCCUUCCGGUGCCCACUUUCCUGCUGACUAGUUAUAAACCAGCAAGAGGUGUAGGAUGUUCGAACCUUUCAGGAGCACAUGUUUAUUUACCUUCUAACCUGUAAUUCCUUCUGGGUCACUAUAUGGCAGCAUGAUGUCCUGCUGGCUAGACCUAUCAUGACCCAUAAUGUGCACAUUUUCCAUAAAUGUAUGAUGUGCUUAGGUAAAAAAAAGUUGUCUAUAAUGGUUAGAUUUUGAUCAGUUGGUAUUCUUCAUUGAACAUGAAAGUUUCUUCUAUAGACCAAGGCCACUGGAGUGGUUGUCACAAUGUAAUUCAAGUUGUAGGUCUUUAGUUACACUCAUCUUUAAAUCAAAUGUUAUGCAUUACUGGUUUGUUGGUCUGAAUGAACGUGGAGUGAUUGAGUAGAUUCAUAGAACAAUCAGUUCUGGUUUGCUAAAUAUGAAUUCUAACUGACUUUACUUGAUAAUGCUAAGCACUUAAUGCAUUCUAUGUUGCCUUCCUGUGAUGGGGUGAAAUGGUUUGGCGGGGUGUAUGACCUUGUAUAUCUGAGCCAACUACGUACUGGGGAAAUGUGAAAGGGUCCCUCAAUGUGCCUAAUGAAAUAAACAAUGAUAUGAGCA